CAAAUAACAUUUUAUGACCAACAAAAGAGUAACAGACUGCACUUAAUCGAAUGAAAGGUUCAAAUUUUUAAACUUUUACCGCCAUAAUGUGAUAUUACAUAUGGUGACGCCUUAAUAAUAUUCAACGUUACAGGAUUAUAUUGGUUUUAUUAUAUUAUAUAGCUUUAGAAAAAAUUUCUCUCAUGUAAAAACUCAAGUAUUAUUUAUUUGUUCAAGGAUUAGGAAAGAAAAAAAGAAAUUAAAUAAAAAACAAAGAAAAAGAAAAAGAAGAAGAAAGAAAAAGAAAGAGAGAAACAUGUAGCGCUGCCAGUGAAUUAUGUACGAAACAGUCUAGCAGCCUGGUACAUUCAAACUUGGGAAAUGCGAAACAAUGCGAAGUGUGGUAUGGGCGAACGGCGGCCGUCGUGGGUGGUCCAAGUGGUUCUGAGAGCAAGCUUGUCUCGUGUGUGGUCCAAGCCGUUCGUACACUGGACGCGACUAUCGCUCUGCCGCCAGAAGAUGCGAGACACUUUGACCGUACAAAAGGGAGGCCUUUCUCCGUGGCUAAUCGAGAUUAGCUGAAGGAAAUAUUUCUAUCUCUAUGCCUGAGAUUAUGAUCUUGUUAAUAUGUUGCAUGCUUAUACUUCAUGGUGUCAAGUCAGAAUUGGAACAUACUUUUACUGGUAAUUCUAAUAAUGAAAAUAAAACAUGGAAGGACUUAGAUUUGAGUCACAGACACAGAAUCAAGGAUUCCAAUUAUCUGCUGGACAGGUAUCCUUUGGGAGAACUACCUACUGAUUCUGAGAACUGCCGUAGACCUGCAAAAUGUAUACCUUUACAGAAAAACACUUGUAUGGGUACCAGAUUACCUUAUGCAUCUACCACAUUAGAUCUUGUAUCUGAAUAUACAACACAAAAAAUAAUCGAGGAAAAGUUAUAUUUACUACAAGCAUUAAGACAUAUACCAAAGUGUUGGGCAGUUGUACAACCAUUUUUAUGCUCAAUAUUUAUGCCAAAAUGCAUAAACGAUACGGUUGAUUUGCCAUCUCAAGAAAUGUGUAAGAUGGUAUCAGGACCGUGCAGAAUAGUAUUUAAUCAUACUAUUUGGCCAAGUUUUGUUAAAUGCGAGAAUACAAAACUUUUUCCAAGAUUAUGUAAAAAUGAUAUAAGAGAAUUGAAAUUCAAUACGUCAGGUAAAUGUUUAAAACCACUGAUCCCUACCGAUAAUGCACUUGCAAUUUUUGAGGGUGUAGAUGGAUGUGGUACACAGUGCAAUGAUCCAUUUUUUACAUUGGACGAACAAAAACAAAUUCAUUCUUUCAUUGCUUGGGCUGCUGGUAUUUGUUGUAUGUUUAAUUUUUUUACUGUGGUUACAUUUUUAAUAGACUGGAGAAGUGCAAAUAAAUAUCCCGCAUUAGUUAUAUUUUAUAUAAAUUGUUGUUUUAUGGUAUCUUGUAUAGGAUGGCUGGUACAAUUUACUCCUGGAAGUAGAGAUGUGAUUGUAUGCCGUAAAGAUGGAACAUUAAGAAUGAGUGAACCAAGCGGAGAAAACUUAUCUUGUGUUGUUGUUUUUGUACUUGUUUAUUAUUCGCUGAUGGCUGCAAUGGUGUGGUUUGUAAUUUUAACGUAUGCUUGGCAUAUGAGUUUUCAAGCUCUUGGUAAAAUUCAAGAUAGGAUCGAUAAAAAGGGCGCUUAUUUCCAUCUGAUCGCUUGGUGUUUACCGCUUGUUUUAACGGUAACGAUUAUGGCAUUGGGAGAAAUAGAUGGUAAUAGUGUUACGGGUAUCUGUUUCGUGGGUUAUACGAAUCAUGCAGUAAGAGCUUGGUUUCUACUUGGACCAGUGUUAAUUGUUUUACUGGUUGGAGGAUACUUUUUAUCAAGAGGAUUGAUCACACUUAUUCGCCUAAAAAUCAGUAGUCAGGAAAUUAUAUCAGAAAGAGCAAGUUCUAAAAUAAGAGAAACUAUUGUUAGAAUGGGCCUGUUUUCCAUUUUUACAUUUGCAGCAGUUGUAGUGACCUGCUAUUGUCAUAUUCAUGAAUUUCAGCAUUCUUGGCAGUGGCGACAAAGUUUUCGCGAUUAUAUGAUAUGUUCGAUAACGACAAAGUACGCAGAAAUAUCUGAAUGUAAAAUGGAAGCAAGACCAAGCGCUGCCAAGUUGCAGUUGCAUUUACUUUCACCAUUUUUCGCUGGUAUACUUAUGUCAUCAUGGGUUUGGACAGGAUCCACGGUAGAUACAUGGACUAGAUUUCUCCGACGGACUUUUAAUUGUGAAUCAGAAGAACCGAUAAGAUUGAAGAAACACAAAGUUAUAGCACAAGCUUUUGCAAAACGCAAGACUUUCAACAAUGCUGGUCGUUUAUCAAUUAGUUUUCAUAAUACUCACGAAGAUCCGGUAGGACUGAAUUUUGAUCUCAACUCGGUAGCUUCGCAAGACUUUAGUUCAACUUGGGCUGCUGCUUUGCCAAAAUUAGUAACAAGGAGAGGUGCACUUGUAGGUGGAACAACGGGUUCGGUAUCCAGCAACAGAAGAAAUUCAGUUGAUUCUGAAAUAAGUUUCAGCGUGAGACGUGUCUCUGUGGAAUCUAGAAGAAAUUCAUUGGAUUCUCAGAUAUCCGUUCAGAUUGCUGAACUGAAAACAACGAGAAAAGUGGCAGGAAGUGCCCGUGGACGUCGUGGAAAGCGUAGAAGAGAUUUUGCAAAAUCAAGAUCUGGAAAAGUUGGUCCACUUUUUCGACGAGGUAGUACUACAUCCCAAGAGAGUCAGCUGGGUGCACAAAUACUUUCAGCAUUGACCAUUGGUGGUACAUCCAAAAUACCACCUAUUCAAGUGCCUAAUAUGAAAAGACGAUCAGCUAGUGCUGGAUUAGAUGAGCGAGUUUUAAACUCUAAAAUGCUCGAAGGGAAAGGCCCGGGUAUGCUUCUACCAUUUUUAUUUCCAGAUCAAAGCGGCAGUGAUGAAAAUUUAAGUAGCGAAGAAAAAAGACAUCAAGAUAUGAGAGAUAAAGAUAUUGAUAUAGAAGCAGGCAAUGUCGAGAAAGAGGAUCAAGAUACUGAUAGCGAUGAUAGUCAGCCUGACGAAGAAACGAAGAUAUUAGAACCGGAAGAACCAUUAGAAAAUAGUAAAAGUAAGACGAGUAAUAAAAGUACCAAGAAUUAUUGUCACGAAAGUGAUAUUAGAAGUAGGGAAGGUCGUAAAAGCAAAUAUUUGUUACAAGACGAGGCUAUUCUAAAGCAUUUGCUUCAAGAAUCUAGCGAAACGAAAUUGAAAUGUGAAACAGAGAAAAAGGACGUAUACAAAAAGGCCGGUAUGGGUGAUCUAGCAUCUAGCUUAACAUCUUGCUGUCCCGAAUUAACGCGGUUAAUGCAAUCGGAUGGACAAACUAACGCAAGAGAAAUAGCUACGCAAACUUCCUUGCCUCUCGAUAUUUUGGAAAUGGAGGAACUGAAACAAAGUAUCGAUGAGAUCAUUAAUAGCAGACAUUGUAGUUCUAAAGGAACGCAAAUGUCACCUUAAUUAAAUAAAAAAAUUAAAUUACUACGAGGUAAGACUGAAAAUUAAUACUGAUAAAUAUUGUAUAUCAUUGAAAAAAAGGAAAUAUUAACGUCCGAAGAACAAUAUUCAUUAAUAUGUUCGACCUAACAAUAGUGUGGCAACUAAAGUGUUGAAAUCAUGUAUAUUAUAUGUCUUUAAUAGUUAAGGAUAUACGAUUCUCUUAAAUGGUAUAUCGAAACUUUUUUAAUUAAUGUAAAUGACUUAUGACAUGAUCUGGAUACACAAUAAUAUUUAUAUAUAUAUAUAUCUAUAUUUUUAUAUAUUUUAUUAUUAUUAAAAUAGUCAUAAAUUUUUUCCGACGAAUGAUUUAAUGCAUUUAUAAUGUCAGAUUUGCAAGUGUAUCAUGUGUUAAGAAAUAUAAAGUAACUUUCUUUUUUCAUAGAGAAUCAAAUUAUUUCAAUAUACUUACAUAUUAUUUUAUAUGAACAUUGAAAGAAAAUUUACUUAUACAAGGAUGUUUAUACAUAACAAAUUUAUGUAUAAAAUAUCUUAUAUUUCAAUAGUAGGUAUAAACAAUAUAAACGAUAACUCACAUAUAAUCAUUAAAAAAAUUUUUUUAAAUUAAAUUAGUAUAAAAUAUAAAGUAUAAAUGAAUUAUUAGAUUUGUGUCAAUGAAAUUGUUUUAAACUCAUCCUUGGCAAUAUAAAAGCGCAUCGCGCUUUCUAAAACCUCCUGACAAUGUUUUUCUCAUUUUUUCUCCCUCUUUCUUUGUCUAUUAUUUGUAAUUCUAUGCGAGACCAGGUUCCUCUUGUUCAGGUUCAAUGGACAUUAUGCUUUCAAAUCUGGGCUGUUAUUCUCUGCUAGGUAUUUUUUACCUAUACCCGAUACAAAUUUAUAUAUAUAUAUAUAUAUGUAAAUUUAUAUCUUAACUUUAUUUUUUGCUAGAGAACAAGAUUUAUAUACAAGAUUUUUAACGAAUUAAAGAGCGUACAAUGUAUAGAUAUAUAUAUCUUGGUUGGUAUAUACCUUUAGUGUGUUUACCUACGUGCACACCAUAUUAAUUCGAUUGCUUUUAUUGUUAUAUUAUUCUCCCAUUAUAAAAAGUACAAAAAUAAUGAUUAUUACGAGUUUCAAUAAGAGCGCAUUUUCCGAAUUUUAUUUACAAUCAAUCACUGUGAUCCAGGCACUCUUAUUUAACGUGUGAAAUUAGUUUUCCCUUGGGGUAAACAAAAAAAAACACAUUUAUUUUAAAGCUAUGGUCAGAAAAAAUCAGCUAACAUGCUACGAGCGUCAGUCAGCCUUUUGAGCAAAAUUAACGCAACAACAAAAAGAAGACUGGAUUAUCGAUUCAGCAUUAC